CACUACGCUGGUUGAACGUUGAACUCGCCACUUCACUAUCAAGAAACGCGUUCGUCGUUGGUUCGUCGCGUCUGAACAAAUGUGGCGCUCAAGCUGCGCUCAAGUGACAAAUUCUCCGAUUCUCACCCAGCCUCAUGAUUGCAAUCAUCAAUAAGAGUCUGGCGACCCAAAAGCGGAUUUGCGGGCAGCAACACGCCGGACUGGGCCUGGCUGCCAUGGUACCCGCCCCGCUCCCAUGCCUGCGCACUUGGUCACUGGCCCUUACGGGUCCCCCCAUUAAGGUGGUCGCCAAUAGGAUUCCCUCAAGUUGGAGCAGUCGACGGCAGGGAUUGUGCUGGGGCCGGCCGCCACAGAAGAGGUGGGGACCUAGGGAGGGUGGAGGUGGAGCGCCGCCGAUCGAUCGAGGAACACCGUGGCGCAUCACUGGGAGUGGUUGGUCUGUGCGGAAGGACAACUCGGAGCUGCCAUGUUCCAUCGACCUCGGUGCGCACUGCGGCAACGGAAUCCGCAGUGCAAGGAUAACGGGGUUUGGGAGUCAAAUGCGGUGGCAUUAUAUGAAGGAUCUGAUAUCCUUCAUGAACACAGCAGCCCAGAUCAAGCAAUUCAACUAUCAAAAAGCGGGCCGAGAGCUCAAAGUCGCUCCCAUGUCGCAAAUGGCAUCUGUAACGAGCACAGGGACCCAUUGCGAUGGCAACAUACUCCCUCGAUGUCAAACAAAUCCGUACCUGCAGACAAGACACGCAGUGUCAAACGAAACUCAACGUUUUCACCUACACACCUACAUGCAUAUAUCGCUCAUACCGAUGACCAGGGCUGGGUCGUAUGCCGAGCACAUCGCUAACACCUAAGUUACUUAUCACCUGAGCCUUCCGGCACCCAGGACUGCUACGCCGACAUUCGCGCACCGGCCGCGGAACGUUCACAUUAUUACGCAAGUUCUAGCUCACCUCGCCAGUCCCGGGAGCACUAACCGGCUCGACAUCAAGCCUUGGGUUCCCCGUAGGUUCGACACAAGCCCUCACACUAGCGCCGUGUGGAGGGUCUUGGUAUGAGACUAGGGUUCCCCGGGCCAGCAGGAGUACAAGAUAGGGUUGACAUCGAGCUGGAGGAUCUGCGUGUGUGAAGG